AUGACCCCUGCCUAGAGAUUCGUGAUCUUCUCAAUCUCUUCCACCAUUUCUCUGUUCCUUCCUCCUUCUCUCUUCUGUGAAGUUCCCAACCUUCCACUCUUCAUCUUCCUCCAUACCUCUUCUCCUCAUAUAUCACCCCACACGCCCUCCCGAAUCUCCCUACCUCUCACACGAAGCAAUGAAGGCCAACACCAACACCAACACCAACACCAAGCUCAUUCUUUUUCAUUCUUCUCUUCACAAACAGUCUUCACCUUUUUUACUCCCUUCCCAUCGCCUCCGCCGUCUCUUCUUCUUCACCUUCUUCUCCUUCCUCUUCAUUCUCACCCUCCGUACCACCACCUUCACCCUCACCCACUCCUCCUCCUCCGUCUCCGCCUCUUCCUCCACCGCCUCUCUUCCCCCCUCCGUUGCCAAAGCUCUCCUCCACUAUGCCGCUGCCUCCAACGACAGCGCCAAAUCCAUGUCCGCCGCCGAGCUCUCCGCCAUCUCCUCUGCUUUGUUUGAAACGCCUGCUCCCAAUUUUCUCAUAUUCGGCCUAACUCCCGAGUCCCUCCUCUGGUCCGCCCUCAAUCACCAUGGCCGCACGGUGUUUCUCGAUGAGAAUGAAUAUGCGAUCUCAAAAUUCGAGCAGUCCAAUCCUGGAAUUGAAGCUUAUGAUGUUCAGUUCACCACCAAGGUGAGCGAUUACCCUCAGCUUCUUUCACUCGCGAAGGCCCAGUCGAAAAGCGAUUGCAGACCCGUGCAGAAUCUCUUGUUCUCGGAGUGCAAGCUUGGAAUCAACGAUUUGCCCAACCAUAUAUACCAAAUCCCGUGGGAUGUGAUUCUGGUGGACGGGCCACGGGGGUAUUCUGGGGCGUCUCCGGGGAGGAUGUCGGCGAUUUUCACAGCGGCUGUUCUGGCGAGGAGCAAGAAAGGCAGCGUCGGCGGCGAGAGAGGGAGAACGCAUGUUUUCGUGCACGAUCUUUACAGAGAAGUGGAGAGGAUUUUCAGCGAUGAGUUUCUGUGCCAAGAGAAUUUGGUGGGGACGGUGGACGUGUUGGGGCAUUUCGUGGUGGAAAGUGGGAGCGAGAGUGACAACGGUUCCGGAUUUUGUAGAAAUUCGAGCUCUCCAGUAACCUCAUUGUCACUGCCGUCGGAAGGCGAAGAAGACGAUUAACUUCUGAGAAUCUGUAAAAUAAUGUUUUCCUGUUUUUUUUUUUUUGAUUAAUUUUAUAACAGUGAAGUGUAAUAUAUAUAAUUCGGAGUUACUGAUAAUGGUUACCCUUUCGUUUUUUUAAACCCUGCAAUUCCAAAAGCCACAGGGCACCAAAGAAAAAUCAGACUGUGGGAUUUCAAAAUUCUCAGGGUUCAACUUAUUGUUGUGGGUAAAUUGUGGGAGAAACUGUGAUUCUCGGGGAGAGAUAAGGAACAAUGUGAGGAGAAAGAAAUGAGGGGUGAAAAAUUGAAAAUUGAAAGCU